GGAAUGGAGUCGAAUCAAAACAGCUCAUCCCAAGAGGACUAUCUGCUUCGUUACCCUCAAGAGGAAGACCCUUUUGCCUCAAAACUCUCAAAAGAAGCUGACAUAGUCGCUGGAUUUUAUUUAUUGGUAGUCGGGAUCCUGUCCACCUUCGGCAACGGAUAUGUUAUUUAUGUGUCCACGUUACGGAAAAAGAAGCUGAGGCCCGCUGAGAUCAUGACAGUCAACCUAGCAGUGUGUGACCUGGGAAUUUCAGUGGCCGGGAAGCCUUUCAGUAUCAUUGCCUUUUUCUCCCAUCGCUGGAUUUUUGGCUGGAGUGCCUGCCGCUGGUACGGAUGGGCUGGUUUCUUCUUCGGCAUUGGGAGCCUCAUUACCAUGACAGCAGUCAGCCUGGACCGAUAUCUCAAAAUCUGCCAUUUGUCUUAUGGUACCUGGCUGAAGAGGAGCCACGCAUUCGCCUGUUUAGGAAUCAUCUGGUCCUAUGCUACCUUUUGGGCAACUAUACCCUUCUGCGGGGUGGGCAACUAUGCCCCCGAGCCUUUUGGAACCUCGUGCACUCUGGACUGGUGGCUGGCUCAAGGCUCCGCGGCCGGACAGGCUUUCAUUUUGAACAUCCUUUUCUUCUGCUUGCUGCUCCCGAGUGCGGUGAUCCUCUUUUCCUAUGUGAAAAUAAUCGCAAAGGUCAAGUCGUCCACCAAAGAGGUUGCCCAUUAUGACACUAGGAUCCAAAAUACAAAUGUCCUGGAAAUGAAGUUAACUAAGGUGGCAAUGUUGAUCUGCGCAGGAUUUCUCAUCGCCUGGAUCCCGUAUGCUGUGGUGUCGGUGUGGUCUGCUUUUGGAAGACCCGACUCGGUCCCCAUUAAGGCCUCGGUAUUACCAACCCUGCUGGCCAAAUCGGCAGCGAUGUAUAACCCCAUUAUCUAUCAGGUCAUCAACUGCAAGUCGUCCUGCUGUCGGCCGCAUGUUCUCAAGCCGUUGCACAAGGAAAACUCCUUGGAGAAAUCCAGGCCCUACACAAUAUCUGCAGAAGUCAAGUCUGAAGAAAUGAAUGAAACUCCUCUGGACAGAGCGUAA